ACGUGUUGCUACAGAUGAGAACUGAUUGGUCGCUAGAGCUGUCAGUCACUGAGCAGUGGGCGGGUCACGAGGGAAAAAUGGCUACCCUGUCUGUUAGCGAGCCUCAGGAGAUGGGAGUUGACAGGAGGGGCGAGUCGGAGGAGUCCGGAGAUGACGAGACCAAGAGGAGGAGCGUCAACGGAGAUGUCGAAGAUCUGCAGCGAGCUUCCACAGCUCCAGAGGAGUUGCCUGUGGACAUGGACACCAUCACCCUCGACCCUAAUGAGGAGGAUGUGGAUCUGGUCCACUGUCGGAUCGGGAAGAUCGAGGGACUCGAGGUCCUGCAGAAAGCCAAGACUCUUUCUCUCAGACAAAACCUGAUUAAAAAGAUUGAGAACCUGGAGAGCCUGGUGUCACUGAGGGAACUGGACCUGUACGACAACCAGAUCCGCAAACUGGAGAACAUGGAGGCUUUAACUGAGCUCGAGCAGCUAGAUGUGUCGUUCAACCUACUGAGGAAGGUUGAAGGUUUAGAGCAUCUGACAAAGAUGAAGAAACUCUUCCUGCUGCACAACAAGAUCACAAACAUCACCAACCUCGAACAUCUCACUGGCCUUCACAUGCUGGAGCUUGGGUCCAAUCGCAUCAGGAUCAUCGAGAAUCUGGACACACUCACGUCUCUGGACAGUUUGUUCCUCGGCACGAAUAAGAUCACUCAGCUGCAGAACCUGGACGGGCUCCACAACCUGACGGUCCUCAGCAUCCAGAGCAAUCGCAUCACCAAACUAGAGGGACUGCAGAACCUGGCGAACCUAAAGGAGCUCUACCUGAGUCACAACGGCAUCGAGGUUAUCGAAGGUCUCGAGAGCAAUAAAAAGCUGACAACGCUGGACAUCGCAGCCAACAGGAUAAAAAAGAUUGAAAACAUCAGACACCUCACAGAGCUGAAGGAAUUCUGGAUGAACGAUAAUCAGAUAGAGAACUGGAGCGACUUGGACGAGCUGAAGAACGCUAAAGGUUUAGAGACGGUGUAUUUGGAACGCAACCCAUUGCAGAAAGACCCUCAGUACAGACGCAAGAUUAUGUUGGCACUGCCCAGCGUCCGGCAGAUCGACGCCACCUUCAUCCGCUUCUGACCUACACACACACACACACACACACACACACACACACACACACACACACACACACUUACUCUGCUUCAUUCCUGCUCCAAAUCUCAGCUUUUCCUAACCAUUAGCCAGAUCACACACACAUAAACACACACACAAAAUGCUCCUCAAUGUUCAUACGCAAACACCCUUUACUAACACACACACACACACACACACACAUACACACACACACGAGGUGUUUCUCCUCCCUACAUUUCCAAAGUAUCUUCCAUUUUGGUUAGAUAGAUUUGGAUCAUGUGCAAGAGUACCCUUUACACACACACACACACACACACACACAACACGCACACACACACCUAUGUUUGAGAUGUUAGAAGGACAGGAAGUUGGUAAUCAGUGUUGUCAUCAUGCAAUGUUUUAGAUUUUAGUAUCCAGAAAGUCUGCAGCUAUUAUUAUUAUUAUUAUUAUUAUUAUUAUUAUUAGCCAGCUUGGUGAAAGCUUUUGACACAUUCGAAUUAAACGUAAUCUGAAACUUCAACGUAGUUUGACACAAUUUUAUUCUCUCAAAGUAAUAAAAAUAAUAAACACAAUUAAUAAUAAUAAUAAUAAUAAUAAUUUGCCUUUCUGAACUAUAGAACAUGGUCUUAUUAUUUUCAGGAACAUUUUCCCGCGCUCAGAUGAUCUCUGACCAUAUUUUAUGAUUUAAACGUUUAAACUGUUGAAGCUGCGUGCAUGUGAUAAACCGAGCGAGUGUUUUGUGUUUUAUUGUGCGUUCGGUCCUGCGUUAGACACUAUAGCUGCAGAGUUACAUAUUACCGCUUUAAAAAAAAAGAACAAAUAAACUACAGCCUUCGCACUGGACUGAA